AUGUCGGGCCACACGGUUUUAAUAUUAUUCAUAUCCCUAGUGAUCUAUUGUUUGGCGGAGGAAUACUGCAGGAAGGAUCUCUGCCAAGGAAUGCCCCAUAUAGCGUGUGAAAAUCCCACCGGAGCCUUCGGUAGCGCGUGUCCCCCAAGUGUCACCGUCCGCGAACUCGAUCAGGAUCUUAAGAAUAUUCUUGUGAGGGACCACAACUUGGAGAGACAGAAGUGGGCCAGUGGCAAGGGGAAGUUUCCGAGGAGCGCCUGCAGAAUGGAGACAGUGAAAUGGGAUGACGACUUGGCCAAUUUGGCAUUACUAAAUGCAAAAACCUGCACAACGGAACAUGAUGCUUGUCAUAAUAUCGGAAAGUAUAUGUAUUCCGGCCAGAAUAUCUAUUUGGUGACCUUUCAGCAAUGCCCAAGAAGAAGACCGCAAAUAGAAAUAACAACUAGUGAACUUUUGCGGAAUGCAACUAAAUCUUGGGCAAGAGAAGAAAAGAACUUUGAAUCCGAUCAUGACUUACAGAGUUUCCCCCUCCCCCAAAUCGAUAAAGAACCGAUUGGUCACUUGACCGUUGUGAUCAAUGAGAAAAGUAACGCCGUGGGCUGUGGCAUAGUUACCUAUAUGAUGCCGAAUAACACUCGGGAAUUUAUUCUGACCUGUAACUACGCCUAUACUAAUUAUCUUCACGGUACUGUCUACAGCCAAUGCGAAAAGGCAGGCAGUCAGUGUCCCAACGGACUGAGCUCGCAGUAUCCACCAUUAUGUGCCUAAAUAAAAUAUGUUUCAAGAAAAAAUAUAAUUUACAUUCUGAGCUGUUUUCGAAAAAUUCAUUAAAGAUGUACAAAAUCUGGAACCCUAAA